CCCAGCCCGGCCUCUGUCCUCCUCCACUCCCCGUCCUGGACGGCACCCAGCCCGGCCUCUGUCCUCCUCCACUCCCCGUCCUGGACGGCACCCAGCCCGGCCUCUGUCCUCCUCCACUCACAGCUUCAGAGAAUCCCUUUUCUGGCAGCUCCCCCCCCCCCCCCUUUGAUUGUCAGCUGCCCUCCUUGCCGUGGCACUAUGAGUAGUCAGGGGGUCCUGGACUCCUGCGGGGACUCUGUGCUCUGCUACAACAAGGGGUGCGCACAGCGAUUCCUCAUCACCAACAACCCUGCAGAUGCUUGCCUCUUCCACCCUGGGUAUCCCAUCUUCCAUGAUGCUCUGAAGGGUUGGUCCUGCUGUAGGAAGCGCACAACGGACUUUUCCGAAUUUCUGGCCAUCCAGGGCUGCACUAAGGGGCCACACAGCAAUGAGAAACCAUUGGAAGCUCUAAAACCCGACAUCUCUGGAAACAAACCCGCCUCUGAUGGCUCGGCCCCUGAAAUCAUUGUCCGGGGCCCCAAGUCUGCAGAGAGAUGCUGAAGGAGAGGCCGAGCACACAGGAGGAGAUGAGGCCUCUUCUGCUGAAGGUCUCCCAGUCAUUAGAAGAAGAAUUGGAGAAGCUGACGUUGUCGAUGAAGUCAGACUCUCAGAUAAAAGAGGAGAUGGCGGAGGCAGCGCUGGGGACGCGGUGUAAACACUCCGGCUGUAAAGAGACUUUCCAAGGAGCAGAGAUGGAGGAGGGGCCGUGUGUACAUCACCCGGGGGUCCCCGUAUUCCAUGAAGGAAUGAAGUAUUGGUCCUGCUGCUGCAAUAAAACCAGCGACUUCAAUGAAUUCCUGGAGCAGAAGGGGGUGUGUCAGCGGGCGCCAUCUUUGGGUGCAGCCGCCGGGGAAGCAGGAGGUUCCGUGUCGCUAUGACUGGCAUCAGACCGGCGCUCUGGUGGUCAUCACGGUUUAUGCCAAGUCUUCCAUACCGGAUCUCACCAGGAUUCACGCCAAUCGCACACAGAUGGACAUUCAGAUCACCUUUCAGGAGGACAAGGAAUUCAGGAAGAAGCUGGAGCUGUGGGGGGUCAUCGACGUGGAGAAUAGUUUUGUGAGUUUAUUUCCUACAAAGGCAGAAAUCACCCUGAAGAAGUCGGACCCGGUGACAUGGGGCAGAUUGGAGCUGACAGUCUCCGCCCCCCAAAUUAUAGCCGAACCGGAGCCGACGCCCCAGGAAACCUUGGGAGGAGAUUCUGAUGACAACCUGAGCUGGUCGGAGGACGAAGAACCCGAGUGA